AUGAAGGAUGAAUGGCAUAUCGAAUACGCUCCAUAUUCGCGAAUUAAUAAAAAAAUUAGUAAAAUAGUUCGUUUUAUCAUAUAUCAAUUAUCCAGUUCUCCUACAAUUGGCAUUAUAGGAUUGCCUAAUGUUGGUAAAAGCUUAUUAUUUUCGUUAAUUACGAAAAAAAAGAUUGAAAUCGCAAAUUAUCCAUUUUCAACAAUUGAACCGAAUAUAGGAAUCGUGCCUUUGCCUGAUCAAAGACUUAGUAAAUUGGCUAACUUUUAUCAAACAAAAAAAAUAGUUGCCCCCUUAAUCAAAUUUUGAGAUAUUGCCGGUUUGAUUAAAGGAUCGCACCUCGGCGAAGGAAUGGGGAAUUUAUUUUUAAGUCAUAUUCGCGAAGCAACGGCUUUGGUUCAUGUGGUUCGUUUCAAAAAUGCUGGUUUAUUUCGUAAAGAAGGUCAAAAAUACCAAGUCAAAGACGGCGAUAUUUUUAAGAUCUGGUAA